GACACCAUUCACGUAUAAUUUAGCCUGCUAGUUUCAAUUUAGCAACAUGGCGAACAACCGUGUUUUGCAAUGGGCGGUCAUGGCAAGAACGUGGUGGAUUUAUGACGCCAACCUCCAGUGCCCUUUCAGAUCUUCUGAGAGAAUCAUCACAUACUUGAAGGGGAAGCACAAGCCAAUCUACCAUCCUUUUGCUGACAUAGGGGAUCAUGUGGUUGUUUUUAAUACCAGACAUGUUGCCAUGAGAGGCAACUUCUGGAGAACGUUCAAGCAUUUCAACCAUACAAGGUAUGCAGGUGGCUUUUCCCAAGCUUCAGCGUGGCGAGUUCAUGAGAUGGAUCCAACAAGGAUAAUGGAAAAAGCUUGUUACCAGCGCCUUUCUGGUCUGCCAAUGAAGAAAACACUGAUGGCAAGGCUACACCUGUACCCAGAUGAGGAGAUACCACAAGAGAUCUUGGAAAAUGUCUCUGGACAAAUCCGACAAGUGCAAGUGGUGCCUAAGAAACUUGAAGAUUACACAGAGGAGGAAAUUCAAAACUUCCCACGUUUGUUUGAAUGGCCGGAGAAUUAUGAUGUUGAGUCAUACCAGAGAGAAAAUCAGCAAGAGCCAGAUCAACACACGACAAAGAAAUGGCGAUUAGAUUAAAAAAUAGUCUAGUCUUAUUAUUGAAUUAAUCAUUUUUCUGCUCAUGAACUCUGUUGGUGUGAAGUUCUAAGAUUCUUGGUGAAGCUUUGUUGCUUUCUGAAAAGGGUAGCCUACAUGCAGUGCUCCACGCAGUUUCUUUGAAGUAAGUUCAUUUCAUUUGAAAGGGAAAGAACUUGAUGAACGGUAUUCCCCCUUCUCGAGUGAUGUUGUGGUGUGGUGAGCUGUUGUACUAUAUACUAGACAAAGCUCUGAGGUAGCAGCAUUGUUUGAUGACCAUAGUUUUUCACACCGUGGGCACAAACCAUUGCUAAUGGAUAUAUACAGUGCAGCCUCUCUAUAAAACGAAAUCGGCGGGACGAGAAAAAAAUUUCGUAAUAGAGAGUUGUCGUUAUGGAAAGGCAAUCAAAAAUUUCUAAUGAUAUAUAAAGAAAAAAUCGGGACCUGGGCACCAUGUCGCUAUACAGAGGAUGCCGUUAUAUCGAAGGUCGUUAAAGAGAGGCUGCACUGUAUCCCGUUGUGGAUUUUGUGUACAAAAGUUAGAAAGAAAAACGUGAAAAGGAAUUCUGUGAGUUUAUUAUGUUGCUAGUGUGUGUGUGUGUUUGAUAGAGUGAUGAGGUUUAUACUGAGUGAUUGGUUUUCAUGGAAUUCAAGAUUAGUUGUUGAGUCUGACGAAUGUAUCGCAAGUCUGUUGAAGUUGAAAUGUAUGUGAAUUGUGAUAACGCAUUAGAAGAAGGAUAAAAAUUACCCAACAUA